CGUGACGGAGCGGCAGGUAUUUCCGGCUCCGGUAUCAUGGCAGACUCCAGCCCGGAGUCCGGCGCGAAGAGGCCGCAGUUCGGGAGCCGCUUGCUGAGCGACCCGGCGCGGGUCUUCCACCACAAUGCCUGGGACAAUGUGGAGUGGUCGGCAGAGCAGGCCGCGGCGGCGCAGAGGAAAGUCCAGGAGAACAGCACCCAGCGGGUUUGCCCGGAGAAGCAAGUUGAUUAUGAGACUAAUGCCCACAAAUAUUGGAAUGACUUCUACAAAAUCCAUGAAAAUGGAUUUUUCAAGGACAGGCAUUGGCUUUUCACUGAAUUCCCAGAGCUGGCACCUAUUCAGAACCAAAAUCACUUGAUGGAUUUGCUCUCAGAGAAUAAGAGGAGCGAAGUGCCUGAAUGUAGGAGCAAUGCGGAUGGACCCGGUUUAAUAACAGAAGAACAGCACAGGUGCUCUUCAAACAGCCUUGGGCAUAAAACACAGACUCUUCCUGUGGAAAAGAAGGUAACUCAGAAACUCAGUCACUUGGAAAUCUCUGCUGAUGAGUUUCCUGGAUCCUCAGCCACCUACCGAAUACUCGAGGUUGGUUGUGGUGUGGGAAACACAGUCUUUCCAAUUUUACAAACCAACAAUGACCCAAGACUCUUUGUUUACUGUUGUGAUUUUUCUUCCACAGCUAUACAACUGGUCAAGACAAAUUCAGCAUAUGAUGCAGCAAGGUGUUUUGCCUUUGUUCAUGAUUUGUGUGAUGAAGAUCAGCGUUACCCGAUUCCCAGGGAUAGUCUUGAUAUUAUCAUCCUCAUAUUUGUUCUUUCAGCGAUUGUUCCAGACAAGAUGCAGAAGGCUAUCAGUAGGCUGAGCAGGCUUUUGAAGCCUGGAGGGAUGAUGCUUCUGCGAGACUAUGGCCGCCAUGACAUGGCUCAACUUCGGUUUAAAAAAGUCCUUUUGGGAAUUUUUCAAGAACCAGCCAUAAUACAUACAUGAGCAAUAUCUUGGAAACAAAGUGAGUGCCUCUAUAGGGGCAUGCUGCCGGUCUUGGGAAGAGGUGUUCCAUUUUAUUUCCAAGUGAGAAGAGCAGUGCACAGAUGAGUAUUUCAGACUUGAGCCCACAUGUAACAGUAGCUGGGGAGAGAGACGUAGGUAAGUAAAGCAAGUAAGAUUAUGUUGACAUUCAAAAGGUGAAGGAUUACACACCAGGGUGUUAAAUUGAUAUACAGUCGGGAGUUAGCAGCAGAAGGGAGAGCAUGUCUAACAUAUAAAGAGUAUGUGUUAUAUAUAUGAAUAUGUGUGUAGACACAUGGAGAGACAUGCAAAAUGACACUCACCAAAAUGGUAUUGGUGGCUUAGACUUAAUGGUAUCCUUAAAUUUAGCGAUAUUGUUUGAUAUUUAUUUUAUUUUUCUUCCCUCCUCACUCCCCCCCCCCCUUUUUUUUAACAAAGAGUGGAUGGUAUUUAUUUAAUCGGGGGAAAAGGCGAAAACACAACCUGUUUCAGCAGGAAACAGAACUGUAGAACCAGGGAGCUGAGAGUCACAUGUAUAAGUUACUUAGCCUGCAGUUUGAUUAUUCCCUUUGGCUGUUCUUCUCCAAAGCACCAUUCCUUUGUAGAAGAAAAAUUGUAGAUCCCUGCAAAGUACCAAGUAUAAGCAAGGAAGAAUUCUGUUCUCUGCCCAGGAAGAUGGUCUGUGGUGUGCAUUUGAUUGACAAUGAAAUUUAAGGAAGUGCUUUAAAGU